UCAAGUCCUUCAGUACAGUCCCAUUCAGCCCUGUGCCUGACACCACACAGCUGCAGAGAUGAAUAACCAAGGAGUUACCUACGCAGAACUCAGUCAGGUUAAGGGUUCAAGAAGACAGCAAGUGAAAGCUAAGGGCACUAAAAGUGGCAUUUUGGGAACAGAGCAGGAAAUAAUGUAUGCCGAAUUAACUCUUCAAGAUGCUUCUCGGGAUCUUCAAGGGAAUGACAAGAACUACCAAUGGAAAGAUUUACCUUCAUGUCCAGGGAAGCUCAUUGCUGGGAUCCUGGGAAUUAUCUGCCUUGUCUUGAUGUCCACUGUGGUCACAACAGUCGUUAUUCACUCUUAUCAUUGUGGUCACUGUCCAAAAGAGUGGAUUACAUAUUCUAAAACUUGCUAUUACAUUAGCACUGAAAGAAAACCAUGGAAUGAGAGUCGGUUGUCCUGUGCUUCUAAGAACUCUACCCUGCUCUCCAUAGAGGAUGAAGAGGAAAUGAAGUUUAGAGCCUCUAUUAGCCCUGCCAAUGUUAAUACUGUGAAAUGUCUUUCUUAUUUUUGGAGUUUAUAUUGA